GAUAGCUGAAUUUGACCCAACCUACCCUGCUCGUCGCCCUUAUCCUUACAGCUCGUGGAGACCGUACUGCCUGCAGUCGACUUACCUAGCUAGGUGUUCCAGAGCGCACGUACAGCAGUGGAGACCGGGAGCCAGCCCUCACACUUCGCCGCUUAGACUAAAUCUCCAUUUUGCUUUUAUUUCUCGUCUUCCAGGGUCUUACAGCCACGAAGCCCACAGCAGGUAUCACAAACAUGCCUGAAGAAAAUUGGCAGUCACAUGGCGGAAUUCCUGCGUGCGAUUUGUGCCACUCGAGAAAGGUGAAGUGUGACCGGAAGGUACCUUGUGGUAACUGCGUGACCGCGAAAGCUGAGUGCCUUCGAACGCGGCACAAGCGUACACCUCGUCCGAAACCCAGAACGGACGACAAAAUCCGAGCGCUUCUCCAGAGGCUGAAUAGCCUUGAGGAUUCAGUCCUCGCAAGCCAAAGAGAACCCCAUGAUGCGCCCACCGUCCAAGAUCUUGCGGGUCGUCGAAUGUCUUCGAGACAUGUAGAAUCCUCACCUAGAGCACCAAAGCGGAAGCGAAGUGCAGAGUCCAUUACCACGCCAGGAGUGCCGUCGCCACCCGGCUCAACGACAUCGCACACCUAUGAAGGACGCGACUUUAUCCGAAAAGAACUUUCACACAAUGAUCUGCUCUCCGCAAACCAGCGCCUUGUACUAGAAACCGCAAAUGCCUUGGUUGACCAGCUUUCCCGAGUUUCUCCAGUCGCAAGUGCAGACAACAGGGUCUCGACGAAGGUCUCAACCGACCUUGCCCCAGGCGAAUUAGUGCACAUCAUUCUAGCUACCCAGAGAAACGAGCUUGAGCCGCCGCACAUCCAACUUCAUACGCUCGAUCACAUCCCACCAACAGCAUUAGAAAGGAUGGCCGUCGCCCUGCUGGACCACACCGCCGACGAACUGACUCUAAACAUGUACAAGGUCGUUGUGCAUUUCAAAGCCGCCUUGAGCUUAUACGCCAGCCAGUUGCAAGCGCCUAAGAGCGUCGAAGUUCGAGACCAUAUCAAGCAGCUACAGUUGCGCCAUUUAAACGCAGCGCUUACAGCUCUCGAUGCCGUGAGUUUCUUGACUGCGCCAUCAUUGCUACUGUUACAGGUUUUGUUAACUGGGGCUAUUCUAAUGCAUAUCGUGGGAAAUCCGACUUCAUGUUGGAGUCUCACAGCUCACGCUUCUCGCACUCUGGUUGCGCUCAGCUACCACACGAUCCGCGAUCCCAUCCCUGAGACCGACUACGACAAGGAAGUUCAUGCCGCCGUCGCGUGGUGUUAUCAUUUUGAUAGAUGCAUGAGCUUAUUACUACUCCGGCCUCCCUCAUUGCCGCCUCUGGGGGUCCCUGUCUCCUCUCUGGUCGAGCAUGAUCCGGCAAAUCCGAUGUCGAUAUUCGCACGCGUUAUGCUAGAAAUGGUGCCCAUACACGAGAAGAUUUUAGAGCUAUCUCUUGAUAAUUCACAACGAAGGUCUCCCGAGCUGCGUGUUUCGGUAAGAGAGGAAGUCGCGCGACUACGGAAGCAGAUGACAGAUAUCUACGUACUCAUGGAAAAUGCACGCUCAUUACACCACGGCGAAUCUACCACGGAUUAUCUACUCCACUGGCAGAGUCUAGAGUUCAAGUAUUUCUCCACCUUGACCGCAGUCCAUCGGCUUAGCCCCACUGUCACCUCCGACGUACUGGAAAGAGAGGAGUGCCUUCAGUGCGCCCGGAGGGCGCUUAGACACGUCAAACUCGUGGAAUACAACGGAAAGCAGCAGGGGCACUUCGUCGAAGAAUAUAGCCCAUACCUGUCAUGGACCAUCCUAUCAUAUCCAUUAUGCCCUUUCUUCGUCGUCUUCUGCAACGUUGUCGGUACGUCGGACCCACGCGAUUUCCGCCUUCUCCAGGAAGUAGUCGACAGCAUUUCUUCCCUUGUCAUCAAAAACAAAUACGUCGAAAGACUGUGCCGGCUAGGCGAGACACUGCUUAGUCUAUGCAAGCCUCUGAUGCAGAGUGCAUUGCCCGUGGAGGAAGCACACCUUGCCAGUCCAAAAAUUACUCUGCCGGAUCUAGCGUCAACGACAUCAACACCAGUGGACACCGGAAAUGAUGCUUCUAGCGUUGGAUUCCAGAUGUCGUCUUGGGACGAUGCCAUGAUGUGGCAGCUUUGGCAGUCCCAACCAUCACUAGACUGGUUCAACUCAAACCUCCUAGAUCCAGCAUCAUGGGACCUUAGCUUGCCAACAUGAUCAUUACGAAUUACCAGCUACUCGGUUCUUGACCAUUUCGUUUAUCAGGCUUCUGCUGCUCAGCCGGAUGGAAUCGAGGUGUCGAGCUUGCCUUUACGUUACCCUCCGAUAAAUCGUACUCUCGAAGCCGCCGUGUAACAC